AUGAUCACAAACAAAGUUUUACAAGGUGCUAUAGCUGUGAAGACAUCAGAGAUCCUAAAAAAUGUCACCACAUUACAGAUUGUCCUCCGAAUGAGAUAUGCAUUGUAGAAGCACAAGCUUUAGUCAAUCCUGAAGCAUAUAUUCGAUAUGAUCUAGGCUGUAAACAAAAGACGUAUUGCAAACAGCUGCCAACUCUUCAAAAACGACAAGUUCAGUUAGCAUCUAAGUGCUGCAACACCACAUUGUGUAAUGAUCAUUACAAAGAUGAAGACAAAAAUCACACAAUUGUUCGACCAGCAGGUUUUACUUGUCCACCGAUUCCAAUGACUUUCGCCCCAACAAAAAUACCUCCGAGUACAACAACAAAACCUGCAACCACACUUCAACUAACGUCACAUAUCAUGACCUCGAAUACAACAACUACACCUUCAAUUUCAACAACAAUAUCCGUAGCAUCAACAAUUACACCUACAGCAUACACAAUUGGACCUACAACUACAGAAACCACAACACCAACAGCUACGCUUACCAAAACAACACUUACAACAAUUACGUCUAAUACAAUGCCUUCAACUGAACCUACCACAACACCUACAACUACACCAACUACAACGCCUACAACAACACCAACUACAACAACCACGCCUACAACAACCACGCCUACAACUACACCAACUACAACAACCAUGCCGACAACCACGCCAACUACCACGCCUACAACUACACCAACUACAACCACUCCUACAACUACGCCUACUUCAACAACUACUCCCACCACAACAACUACUCCGACGACAACAACUAUACCAACUACAACACCUACAACUACGCCCACUACUACAACUACUCCGACGACAACAACUGCGCCUACUACAACACAUACCACUACACCUACAACUCCAGCAGAGCCGAUAUCUUGUCAUCUAUGUCGUGGGCCUAAGUUUAUAUGUGAAAGGAGUCACGUGUCAAGUAAAUGUGAUGACCCAGCACAACAGUAUUGUAUCAAUGAUGUAGAAAACCUUAAAGAUGGUAGCAGAUAUGUUACACGAAGAUGUGCCACAAGAGCAGAGUGUGAAAAAGACUGGAUAACUGAAAGUGCAGAUAGGAAUGAAUGCAAGAACUAUAAUGUCCUUAAAUUACAGGAUGCUCACUUUGAGUGUUCUUUCUGUUGCCAAGGAGAUGACUGUAACCUUGAAACGGUUCCAGAUAAUUUGUAUGGAAAAUAGAAUAAAAGUUUUGGGAAUA